AUGAGAGGCUCACCUCAUCUACAUGUAUUGAGGGCUCCCUAUACUUUUUGCGUGAAGCGUGAUUGGGGCUUAUUUUUUCCCGUGAAACAUGAUUUAAGCUUUUAUUAAUUCACGAUUCGUGAUUCACAGUUAUAUCUUUUCAUGUGCGCAAGAACGCAAUUUUUGAGUCCAACGUGACCUGUGAACAAAGAGUUGAAUUAAACGUGAUUCGUGAAUAAACUUGUUUUGUGUGAAACAAUUUCUGGUUGUUGAAGUGUUCCAGUAAAUUUCAGCGCUGUACGUGGGAUUUCAAGGUCUUUGAAUAAAUAAGACAUUACGUCACCUUUUGUCGGUAUAUGACGGUGAAAAUGUUGUCUGCCUGUCGCUGGAUUGACUGAAUUGCAUCACGAAGGUCACAGCAGACGUGCUCUUUGAUGACCCUCAAUCCCUUUCUUCAAUCUUCUUUGUACUUUUUUAGUACAUAUACGGUACAUCAACAGGUGAGUUUACUUUUCCUUUUUAUGGCAUUCAAGUGUAUAAACCAAAAUGUUACUUCAAUUGAAAUGGUUUCUUUUACUUUUCUUUUCAAGCUACCUCGAUAUUUAACGAAAUCAAUGAACUUAAACAACUUUGCUCGAUCAAAAGGCCUGGGUUCGUAUGAGCUGUUGAUGAGCGUUUUGGAUAAGCACGCACAAAAAGCCGAAGUCUUCGCCGUGCAUAUUCAAAAGCAAUGGGACAUCUGGGCAUGGGACAUGUUGUGUAUAAGCGACCAUGGUUACCUGUUGUAGAUGCCAGUUUUAGGCAAAAGAAAUACGUUUUCUGAUUAGAAGCUUUUACACUCUAGAAAUGUAUCAGGAUAUAGUAGCGAUUCUUACUGCAACUUAUAGAGUACUGUAUGUUUAAAGACCAGAGUGUUCAUCUGCUUUCCAAGAUCACUUCGAAUUUAUUCUGAUGAAGGCAAACAGCACAUUGCCGAAAAUUUAGCUCUUUAUCUAUAUUUUUUUGGGUCAGAUCCCGGAAACAUUUUAAAGUUUUAAUCAUGGACACUGACCGCCCACGCAGUAUUCCUUUGAAUAUUUAUAAAUUUGUUAUCCUUUCUUUAGUGACACUUCUUCAAAAGGAUAUUGUGUGGAUAUUCCUGUGGUGAACCUACGUCUUCCGCUAGCAAUCCGACUACCCCAAAAGGCCAAAAAGGAAGGGGAAGACCUCGAAAAUCUUCAACAGAGGAAAGCAGUCUCCUUGUUGUGGCACUUGAGGGUGGCAAGGUGGUCAAACGAAACAAACUUCAAUCAAAGGAUCUGGAAAACUUAAAAGCUGGUGCGUCUAAUGAAACUUUGCAGGCCUUGGCAUAACUAUAUUUUAGAUCUGCCUUCCUGUCAACGCAACUAGUACUGUGACUGCUUCCUGUUUUCAGAAUUUAAUCUUUUGCCUGAAUCAGAGGUGUUUGAUCUAAUCACAGCUUCGUCUAAGAAGUCCUGUCCUCUUGAUUCCAAUCCAACUAAGCUACUUAAUGAGUGUGUCGAUGUGCUACUGACUCCGAUCACCAAAAUAAUUAACCUUUCGCUUGAUUCUGGUUAUUUUCCGCGCACCUGGAAGUGUGCUCUAGUGCGGCUGCUGCUGAAAAAGCAUGGAUUAUUACUCCCGUCUUUAGGAACUUCAGACCAGUGAGUAAUUUGGCAUUUAUCCCAAAGCUAGUUGAGACUGUGGUUGCCAAGCAACUACAUUAUUUAAAUUGUAACAAUCUGUUCCCGUUGUUUCAAUCAGCUUAUCGACAAAACCACAGCACAGAAACUGCACUGCUUAAGAUUAUGAAUGACAUUCUCUUGAACAUGAACAAUCAGUGUGUUACUUUGCUAAUUGUGCUCGACUUGAGUGCUGCCUUUGAUGCAGUUAAUCACAACACCAUGCCACGUCGACUUGAAUACUCAUUUUGCAUACAGGGAAAAGCCCUCUCCUGGUUUGCAUCCUAUUUGUCUGGAAGAACUCAGCAGAUUAUGAUUAAUGAGUCACUAUCUAAACCCUUUAAAUUAGAAUUCGGCGUGCCUCAAGGUUCCUGCCUUGGUCCGCUAUUGUUCACGUUGUACAUGGGUGAGCUUUUUGAGAUAAUUAAACAUCAUCUGCCCAUGAUUCACUGUUGUGCUGAUGAUUCACAAGUUUACAUCUCAUUUAGUCCCAACAACAAAGCUGAACAACUUGCUGUGGUGAGGAAUAUGGAAGACUGCAUCAGAGACAUUCGCUCUUGGAUGUCGAAUGACGAUCUUAAGUUUAAUGACGACAAGACUGAAUUCCUCAUCAUUGGUUCAUCACAACAGCUGGGAAAGCUAGAUAACAUCAGUAUACGUGUGGGUGACUCAGAUAUUCAACCCGUGCCACUUGCAAGAAAUCUUGGUUGUUGGUUUGAUUCUAACAGUUGUGAUGGUGAAGCGAUUAAACACUAAGUCGUUGUGUACCUCAAACGGAUUUGUGUUUAUUUGCACUAUAGAAGGCAUCAUCGUGAUUGGACACUCUAACAAGGCAGCUAUUCAAGUUCAGUCUCUCAGAAAAGCAGAGCUUAUUAUCGAGCUUACAAAGAGGGGAUCCAAGCCACUGGAAAUGUCGACCAUCUGA